ACACACACACACCCGCACGUGUACACACACACGUGUACACACACACGUGUACACACACACACGUGCGGAUUGUUGAGCGCGUGUGAGCUGAGGCGGGCUUCAUCGUGGGCACAGAUCCCAGACGUAGACAUCCCCGCACACAUCCAUGGCUCGCUCCACACACGCCUAACGCACACACACACACACGUGUACACACACGCGCCUGUACGCACACACACACACGUUGUGCACACACACACACGUUGUGCAACAAUGAUAUAGUCUGCACGCACCAAGCGCUCAUCGAAGAACCCAGGGGCUCCACCUCUUUGUGCGCGCUCCGACUGCGCUCUGGCCGUGCCCCCCCCCGAUGUAAAACAAACUCUGACAGCUUCCCGGACAUUCCCCACGUGCGAGAUGUCGCGCUGCUUUGUGGGACUGCUCUGGGCGCUGCUCUCCGCCGGCUCCUGCCUCGGAGCGGACCGACUCUCAUGCCCGACGUUCCGGAGGGUGACCAACCAGGGUGCAGCGGGAACCGUGCAAGUCCUCGCCAGGCCCGUGCCAGGCCAUCACCUGUCGGUCUGCCGUCCGCGCGCCCUCUCCUGCUGCUCGCGCUCCGUGGAGGCCCAGCUGGGCCCGGCCGCCCGACUGGACCUGCAGCGCCUGGUGGAGGAGACCAGCCACUUCCCGCUGGCCGCCUUUGAGUCGCAGUACGGCAAGAUGGACGACUACAUGGGCGACCUGCUGCGGCGUGCCGAGGCGUCUCUGCACGACAUGUUCGUGCGCUCCUACGGCGUCAUCUACACCCAGAACGCUGACCUCUUCCUCUGGCUCUUCUCCCAGCUGCGGCAGUACCGCGCGGCCGCCGCCGUCGACCUGGGCGAGGUGAUGUCGGAGUUCUGGUCCCAGCUGCUCGAGCGAAUGCUGCAGCUGCUCAACCCCCAGUACCGCUUCUCGGACGGCGACCUCGAGUGCGCCGUGAAGCUCGCCGAGAGCCUGCGGCCCUUCGGCGCCGCGCCCCGCAAGCUCCUGGCGCAGCUGGGCCGGGCGGCGCUCGCCGCGCGCUCGCUCACGCGCGGCCUGCGGCUCGCAGCCGGCGUCGCCAACGCCACGCGCACGGUGCCCCUGUCGGCCGAGUGCGUGCGCUCCCUGGUGCGCUUGUGGUACUGCCCGCUCUGCGGUGGUGGCGGUGCCGCGCCGCCGCCCUGCCACGCGUACUGCCUCAACGUGCUCAAGGGCUGCCUGCCGCACGCCGCCGACAUGGACGCAGCCUGGAACAGCUUCGUGGACGCGAUGCUGCAGCUGACGGAGCGACUGGAGGGUCCCUUCAACGUGGAGACGGUCCUGGCUCCGAUCGACGUGAGGAUCUCGGACGCGAUCAUGCACCUCCAGGAGAACAGCGUCCAGGUGUCCACGCAGAUCUUCGCGGAGUGCGGGAUCCCCAAGCCCGGCAGGGCGCACCAGGCCGGCAACGGGGCGGCGCCGUCCGGCUACGGUGGCAGGGGGAGGGUCGGCCAGAGCCGCCCGUCGGCUCCCACCGCCUCGCCCAGCACCACCAUCGUCCACCUGGUGCGGGAGGCGAGGGACACUCUGCGCAGGAUGAAGUCCUUCUGGGCCUCGCUGCCGUUCAGUGUCUGCAACACGGACGGGGUGGCAGCGGAGAUCUCCAACGAGGAGGAAUGCUGGAACGGAGAGGAGGAGGGCAGGUAUCUGCGCGAGGUGGUGGGCGAUGGCUUGGCCCAGCAGAGGGACAACCCGGAGGUGAAGGUGGACGUGACCCGGCCCGACCUCCAGUCCCGCCGGCAGAUCAUGGCGCUGCGCAUCAUGACCAACCAGCUGCACGGCGCCUUCCACGGCCACGACACCCACUUCCCCGACAGCAGCGACGAGUGGGGUUCGGGCAGCGGGGACUGCGGGGAGGAGACGUGCCCAAGGCCAGCGGAGCCCCCCCGGGCGUCCCUGCCGCCGUCCUCCGGGGGACGCGCGCACGAGGGGAGCCCAUCCCGGGCCCCUCCGCCGUCCUCGUCCCGCUCCGCUCUUGGCCUCCUCGCAGCCGCGCUCGCAGCGAUGCUCCGGCGAUUGCAAUAGGGGGGCGGGGGGGGUUCGAGGGAGCAUGUGCGUGUGUGUGUACAGUGUGUGUGUGUGUA